CGAUUGCUGACGGUCGAAGCGUUGAGACGUCUGUUCGCGGUUAAAGCAAAAAAAAUACGCGAGUGAAGCGAACUCUUUUUGUUAACUUUUUUUUUCCAACCACUCAUAGAUACUGAGAUGUUCUAAAUGCCAAUUUGCAUUUACACCCAACCAUCGACGAUUAAAACCCCAUUUUCGAAUAGCUGCCGCAUUUUCUUUGAGUGUGCCUGAGUCGCACAUUCCGUCCUGAAGAUGGCGCUGCGCCUGCGUCGCGACGUGCAGAAGGCGUCCUAUUAUGUGUGGUUCCUGGGCGCCGAGGAGGCGAAGGGGCUGCGGGGCGCCAGGGUCAUCAACUCGGUGCUGCCCUACCUGGUGGACAGGUCCCGCGGCCAGGAGCCGCUCAAGGUCACGCUCCAGGUGUCCCACAAGGGCAUCAAGAUCGUCCAGGGGGCCUCGAAGCAUCUGAUUCCACACAGUGCCAUAACCAGCUCCGUGCAGACGGACGACAUCGUCGCCUGCGUGCUGCUGCUCUACAAUCCGGCCACCAAGUGUCCGCUCCACGUCCACGCCUACCGUUGCGAUUCGGAGACAACGGCGGAGGCGCUGCACCUCCAGCUGCAGAUCCUCAUCAACCGGCCCGACAACCAGAAGCGAUUCGAGGAGCUGGAGACCAGACUGGGAAUCCUGCCGCCCAUCCCCAUGAACGGCAAUAACAAUCACAGCGGCGAGAAGCGGCACGAGUCCAAUGGGAAGUCGUCGUCCUCCGGAAUCGGAGGCACCGGAUCGCACCACCACCAGUUGCAGUCACAACAGUCGGGAUCGGGAGGGGGAGGGGGAACGGGCGGAUAUCAAAGUCGUCGGCACGAGACGUCCUCACCGAAGCGAUUCAGUAGCUCCCUGGGCAGCGAUACCGGCAAUAGUACCCGGGAAUCGGAAUGCAGCGAGGAGCACGGCCUGGCCGGCGGAUCGCCCGUUUCUCGCUCGCCGCCGCACGGCAAGCAGCACUCACACACGCACUCGCAUCCGCCGCAUGGCCACCCACAUGCGCCGCUGCACCACCCCCCGCUGACGCCGCAGCAGAACAGCGACCUCUUCGACUCGCUGGCCGCCGAGCUGCGGGCAAAGUUGAACGGCAACGGACCGCCGUUGCUGCUGCCGCCGAGGGAUUACGAUACGGUGCACCGCUCCAAGGGCAAUCUGACGGCCAUCGAGCUGAGACGCUGUCGCAACGCCCUGAUUGUGGGCGGCUCGCCCAAGGGCCAGGGUCAAGGCCAGGGGGCGGGGUCGGGGUCGGGACCGGGGUCGGCUAAUCCAGUGGCCGGAGCGGCAGCCACUGCCAAUGGAAAGCAGGUCUCGUCGCGCGGCUCCUCGGGCAUCGGCUCCGACUUGGCACCCAGUCCCGAGCGACAGGAGCUCAACAGCUCCAGCGAUGACGAGCACUGGUCGAACGAGGCGGACAACUCGGUGAUCGCCCUGAAACCGUCACAAAUCGCGUUGCCCCAUCACGGGCAACUGAAGCGGAAGAGCGCCGUCCAACCGCCGGAGGAUAGCUAUCUGCGGGAUCUGCCAGCCAAGCCGUAUCAGCCGCGUCCCAGCGAGCGGGAACUGGAGCGGGAACGGGAGCGGGAAAGGGAGCGGGAAAGGGAUCGGGAUCGGGAACGGGAUAGGGAGCGGGAUAGAGAACGUGAGCGGGAAAGGGAACGUGAACGUGAUCGAAAUCACGAUCGAGAUCGGGAGCGGACCAAAACGCCGGCUUCCAUUUCGAACAAGUCGUGGAGUCGCGAGGAUGAGAUCAAGCCGAUCAUAAUGCGGCCGGCCGACUACGAUGCCAAGUUCAAUCGGGUGCUGCAGCAGGAGCAGCAGCUGCACAGCAGCAGCGGUAAAUCCCCGUCAUCCCCCGGCAAUCAUCACCUUCAGCCGGCCAAGCUGCGGGAUACGGACAAGUACAACGAGAUCAAUCGGCUGCUGAACAAGAAGCUCUCCCAUGAACGCGAACGCGAUCACGAUCGCGAUCGUAAGCUGCGAUCCUCCCGUUUGGAGGACAAUCACGAUGACUUCGAGGACUCGGAUCCGGGCAGUGAGCCAUUGGCCAUCCCCAUGCCACUGCCACUGGCUCUGCCACUGCACCAUCACCAUCGCAAGGAGAACCUCACCGACAAGCAAAAGUUCAUGGAGUACACCAGCAAGAAGCAGCAGCUGCUCAAGAACUACGCCGGCGAGGAGCAGCGCUAUCGCCAUCGCUAUGUGGAGCCCUCGGAUCUGCCCUUCGAGACCGGACCAGGUGGUGUGCCCACAUCGGGCAUCUCCAAGUAUGCCGCAGUACACAGGGGCACGGAUUUGGGUCCCAGAAGCUCCGAUUUGGGUCCCAGGAGCUCUGAUUUGGGUCCCAGGAGCUCCGAUUUGGGUCAAAGGACCACCGAAAGGCGGCAUGACAGGGAGCGGGGCGAAAGGGAACCCGAUCGGGAGCGGCGCAGGGAUCACGAACGCGAUCACUCCCGGGAUCGUAAUCCCUACAGAGAGGCCGAGAGCCUGCCCUACAUCCAGAGCAUGGAGAAGAUGAUGAAGUCCACGGGCAUGCGUUAUCCCGAGAGUAAUCCCAAGAAUAGGGAAAGGGAAAGAGAACGGGAUCGCGAUCGCGAUCGCGAACGGGACUUCAGAGAGCAGGGCGCACCGCCAUCGCAGGGCUCGCAGCGCGAUCGUUUCCACGAUGCCAAGGACAAAUUCCGGGCCAUGGAGCAGCGCCCCGGGGUCCAGCGAUAUCCGGACAUCGAUGAACGCGAUGCGCCGCCGCCAUCGCACAGGGAUCGCGAUCCGUACAGGUCAUCCUCGCGCAGGCGACGCGGCUCCAUGGAGCCACCCGGCACCUACGAGCAGUGGAGCGAGGAGGAGGAGCCGCCGUCGCCGUCGAUGGUGGUGGUCAGCGAGAAGCCGCAUUCACGUGACCCAAACCGAUCCCGAGCCCGAUCCCGUGGCGAAUGGGAGGCGGAGCCACCGCAACAGCCGCCCAGCAGACACAUGGAGCGAUCGGUGCGAGACAGAGAGCGGGACCGCGAGCGGGACUAUAAUCGGGAGCAGUCGCGGGAUCCGUAUCGCCAGGAGCGGGAAAGGGACCGCCAGGAGAGACCCGGCGGACGGGCCCACUCUCGCGAGUACCUGCAAACGGUGGAAACGAAAAACGCCUCGACAUCUGGCUCGGGUCGCGGCCACAUGGAGCGCUAUCCCUCGCCCGCGGCCACGCCCAGUCGGUCCAAUGAUGUGGGCGGCGGCAAUGGCGGUGGUGUUUCCUCCAGCGGUAACUCCGGCAAACCCCUGACCCAGAUGCCCAAGGGCUACCGGCACAGCUACGCAGAGCCCGUGUUCGCCAGAUCCGGCGGAAGAGUGGGUCUGGCCGCAGUGAAUCCCUACUAAGGAGGACACUUCCGGAACCAGGAGUUCUUGUUUCACAAAUAGCAAGGCAAGGCACCCCCGGGGGACCAAUAAAAUAAAAAUAAAAACCGUGCAACGAAAUCAAAACUAAUCGAAGGAAGGGAACAGACCAAGUGUCGCAUAAAUCUCCGGGGAUCUAAAAAAAAAGACUAAACUAAAUCCUUAAAAACGUCAAUGAAAUAUUUCAAGAUUUUAAAUCAUUUUAUUAUAGUUUUAUAUUAUAUUGAUAUUGGAAAAAUCGGUAUUCCCAUUUUGUUAGAUUUUACAAUUUGUAUUUAAAGAGCCACUAAAAAUCUGGAAUUUCUGCGGCAUUUGGUCUUAAACAACAUAAAUCCAUGUAAACAUAUAGGUUAAGAUGAAAGAAAGGACCAUAGUGGCAACUGCUUAUGACGACUCCAAAACUCUCCCUUCCGCUUAGCAGUCAUUGUAAGCACUUUGCUAACUAUCAUGUAUAAUCAAUAUACUCCAUUGCUAUAGCAAAGUUUGCCCUCUCAUGCGAGAUAUAUAUAUAUAUUUAUAUAUCAAUCCAUUCCUGCCUCAACUUAAUCCCCUUCUGAAAUAUAGGGGGCCGUUGGGCAUUCGAGAUCGGACAGAUAAUAAGGCGCCAGCCCCUGUAAUUAUGUGCCUUCAGAGAGAAUAUUGUGUUUUUAUUAUACGCAUAACACUGAUUUAGUCUACUAUUAUAUGUACAUGAAUGUCUAAUGUAUCAAAAAGCCAACGAAACAAGAAUCGAAUUGGAUAUCUUACCACUUUUUUUUUUUUUUUUUUUUUUUGGUACUUUAAGUUGCGCGGUUUGUUGGAGUUUCACAUUUUUUUUUUGCUAUGCAGUUCACAUAUGUCACGAUAUCUGAUAUCUGUAAGCAUAUAAUAUAGAUAAAUAUAUACUACAUAAAAAUAUACAUAGCUGAUGUAUCUAUUGUUAUCAACUUGAUAUUUGCAUUAAUAAAGCGCUAGUAAAAAAUAA